AUGGCUGCUCAAAACUCCAGCCAGCCUCCAUACGAAGCGUGCCUUAUUGCUAACCUUCCAAGUGAUGUUCAACACCAGAUACUUAACAUUGGCAACUACGUUAUCCGUCCUUUGAGCUUUAUUCUGGCUUUUUUGUCAUUUGUCUUUAAUAUGCUUGUUAUCAUAGCUGUGGCACGAACAAGAUCCCUUCAAUAUCCAGCGAUGGUCAUGAUGUGCAGUUUGGCAGUGACUGACGUAAUUUUUUCUUUGCAUUCUCUGUACACAUAUAUAGAAAUGUUUACAGACCAACACAUGUGUCAAAUCUCUCAUCCACUUCAGGCCUCCUUUAGUAUUCUUUGUGGCUUAGCAACGCUUGGCAACCUAGCAAUUAUAAGUAGAGAUCGCUAUGUGGCAGUCCGACGGCCUUUUUGGUAUCGUAAUUACAUGAAGAAUUCUCGUGCUUUUAAGAUAGUAUGUAUCUCGUGGCUGACCAGUGUAAUAUCUGUACUCGUAAUUAACUUGUCAGUAAGUUUGGGAGGUAUUUAUAGACUUUUGGGAGUAAUUUUUAGUGUAUUUAAAUUCGCUAUUUAUGUAAUUGUCAUAAUGUUCUGUUAUCUUAGCAUUUAUUUUCGUAAAACUAUGAUAGAAAAUCAAAACGACGCCCUUUUGAGAAAGGAAAAAAGAUUGGCUAACACAGUUGCUGGGAUUCUUUUGAUUUUUGUAUUGACCUACUUCCCGGCGUUUCUUUUCCCAACGGUUUUGUUUGCAAAAGGAUUCAAGAAUUUCCUGCCCUUUCGUCCGUUUUUCAUGAUCUUUUUUCAGUUAAAUGGAGUUUUAAAUCCUUUGUUAAACUUCGGCCGUUCUACAAAGAUGCGAAAAGCUAUAAAAGACUUGUUUAAAUGCCUUCCGAAAGUACAGCCACAUUCAUGUGUGAAAAAUACCAGCAACAACAGCAGCAAAAACCAUAAUCAUUCCCAUACAACAGGGAUUACUGUAAUGACCCCCAAAAGCACCAACAACACCGACUCAGCAAUAAGAAGUGCUGAUGACGUAUGGGAACAACGGUGAUUUUAGUCAUCUAUACAUCACAUCGCUAAAACUGAAGCUUAGAAGACUCCUUACGUUAAUUUCUGCCAACGAGGUUUUCGUGUUAGCCAGAAAACUUGAAGAAACUUAUACUCAGUUAGAGGGACAAACUUGACAAAUGAAAAGAUUUUUCUCUUAUUGCCUGAAUCAAUCCUACCUCCAGAUAACCUAGAAGAGGUCAUCCAAGGAGCUGACUUAUUUACUUUGAAUGUCCCCUUUAAGAGAUGUUGUAUAUUUCCACCAAAGGUCAAUUUUCCUGCUCAUAUCAAAGGAUCUGAAUGGCAUACUUAAAAGAUCUCCAAAUUUCUAGGUGAGAGAACCGUUCGGAAUGGAGAUAUCACUUAAUUAAAUUUUCUGAAACUGGAUACCACAAGAUUUAACGUAUACUAACAGUCAGGCAAUAUGGGUACCAUCUGAUUCUCAGCGUGCUGCCGCCUUUUCACAUGUAUCUGAGAGGGAAGCAUAUGGCAACCAAGCAAAUUAAAGUCUAAAUGCCUUUUUCUCUAUUAAAUUUUUUUCUUCGAAGGGGAAUCAAUGUUCGGACUUGAAAAAACUCGGAAGACUCUUGGCAUCAUAAUAACAUUUAUCUGAGCAGUUGAAACGAAUGACAAAAGUAGCAGUCAUGUCCAAUACAAUCUAAUAGAUUCCAGGGAGCAAAAUUAGGAAUCUACUGGGGUAACAAGAAUUCUAGUCUUGAAAUGAAAACUAUUUAAACCUUUUACAAUUUAAUUAAUUUUGCUUGUAUCUUUUACGGUGGUUAACGCUACGGCACGGCAGAGGUCACGUGCAAUUUCGUUUACGUGUGGAUGGAAACUGAGUAAACAACAACAACAACAAUAACAACAACAAUAAUCUCUAUUUAUUCUGGAAUUGAAAAAUAACAAUAACAUGCUAAUCCGAGGAUAAAUAGAUAAAAAUAAAUAAACAAAAAUAGAUAUUACAAAUAUUAAACAUUGAAUAAACGCUCAACUUUGAAGUACUCGCAUGUUUCUCUUAUCAGCUGUGUAUGUUAAAAGCCAGUUGCGUUAAAGGCUUUAUGACGAUUGCCGUGCCAUGUUCAUUAAAAAAAAAGUGAGUCAAAAGAUUAGAUCAUAUAAUUCAUCUAGGAUUUAAUUUGCCAAGAACGAGUAUAUAUAGUUAUUGGUAAUUUGGAUAAUUUAACAGAUGCAAUCAAAUUAAGACGCCCAGAAAACUUUCUAUAAAGAUCCGCAUAAUCCAUUAAGACUAAUUAAAAAUUUUGUUUCUUUGCAUAAAACACUUGAGCUACUGUAAAAAAACAGUUGGAUUUUAAGACAAAGAAUAAAACCAAGUGAAAACUAAUUGAAAUUAUGUGACGAAGGUCAGACUUACCUUUCCUCAAUUUCUGUUUUUCGGAAGUCCUUUGAAAAUGAAAAUCUAUUGAAUUCUUUGAAGUGAUUAAAACGCUUUUAAUUAACAAAAUGCGGAAGAAAGUUAAAUGGAUGUAAAAAUGUAAAUCAAGUUGGUAUCUGUUAAAAGGCCGAAUCAGUUCUUCAGAAAUCUGCUCCCUCUAGUAACCAGGGAACAGAAAAACGUCCAUCGAAUCAAGCAUGAAACGUACAGUUGGCAUUCUGAAAGCAAUUAUGGCACGUGUGUACAGGUUUUUUUCCCCCUGCAAUUGAUAAUGGGGAAGGAGGAAAAGAAAAUUUGUAAUUAAAGUGGUUACAGUAUGUGUGGGCCGGUUUUUUCAUGUUAAUCUUUCCCAUAUUUUGUUUUUAUUCUAAUUGCUUCUUAACUAACCCAAAAGUCUUAAUGAAUCAGUCCAGGUCUAUUAACUUUUAUGAAAAUCACUUCGACUUAUCAAGAAGCCUUUGACAACGGCGCCUGUUGACUGAAACAGUUCUAUUCUCGGUUUGAUCAAUAUUGUUUAUUCUGUCAAGCUGUAAAAAGUUUUGCUGCGACAGCAACGAUUUAUGAUCACCAAUUGAAGAACUUUAUGAGAAAACCCGCCUACAGAAUUAAGGUAAAAACCAUGGUCUCUUGCUUUACUUAUCGUACUGUUAUUACUUAUUUAACUGCCAUGCAAACGCUAUCUUGUGUCUGUUGCAAUAAGUUUUUAUUUUAUUAUCAUAUUUUCGUUCCUUUUUUUUAUGUUGUUUUUCGAAUCAGGCUAGAUAAACAAGCUUGUUUUCGAAAACUGAGUAUGCAGUAACAAAAUUUUAAUUUUGAGUCGCCGUCAGUUUUCACCUUCGAUUCGCUUGAUUAAUUUUGUAGCAAUUUUUGAUGGUAACAUAAUACGAAACUGUCAGCAAGUUGUCCUGACUGUAUGCGAGUUUCUCGCAAUUUUUACAAAAAGUGUAAAAAUGACUCAGUAUUAAAUUUUGCUCAAACAAGGUUCGAAUAUUAUCAGUUAUAACUCUAAACAAAGAUCUAAUGUAAGCUGGACGUUCUAAUUCAAGAAAAAAAAAAUCGUUCGUUAUCGUGCGGGUGUUGAAUUUAGCGAAUAAAGUUUACCCACCAUACAAACUCGGAAUUUUUAUUCGUUCCUUUUUUUUCAAUUUCAGGAUCGAAACAUGGCUGCGCAAAACUCCAGCCAACAGUUUCCCUACGAAGCUUGCCUAAUUGAUGACCUUUCAAGUGAUGUUCAACAUCAGAUACUUAACAUUGGCAACUACGUUUUCCGUCCCCUGAGUUUUAUUUUGGCUUUUUUGUCACUUCUCUGUAAUACGCUUGUUAUCGUAGCUGUGACACGAACUAGAUCCCUUCAACAUCCCGCGAUGGUUAUGAUGUGCAGUUUGGCAUUGACUGACGUAAUAUUUUCUCUGUAUUCUUUGUACAGGUACAUAGAAAUAUUCACACACGAACACAUGUGUCCAAACUCUCACCUGCUCCAUUCUGCCAUCAGUGCGCUUUGUGCCCAAGCAACGCUUGGUAACCUGGCUGUAAUCAGUAGAGAUCGCCAUGUGGCAACCCGGAGUCCGUUGUGGUAUCGUAAUCACGUGACAAAAUCACGUGCUUUCAAGAUAGUAUGUAUACCAUGGCUCAACAGUGUGCUAAUUGCCGUUGUACUUUACUUUUCGAAAAAUUUUGAAGGCGUUGGCAAAUCUUUGGCACAAACUUUAAUUCCAGUUCCUUUCGCUCUUUAUGUAAUUGUCAUAAUGUCUUGUUAUCUUAGUAUUUAUUUUCCAAAAACUAUUGAAGUAGGAAAUCUAAACGAAGCUCUUUUGGAAUGUUCUUGUUUAAUUAUGUGGUUACUUUUUUUAAUUGUUGUAACUACAACAAUUAAAAAAGUAACCAUACAUAAUUAAACAAAAACAUGUAAUAGUUGAGAUCAAGAACAAGAUUAAAGUCUGUGCAUGGUUUAAUAACACCACGACUAAAAUAUGGGGCUCUCCGCUAAAGAAAAAUAUUUAUCACGUUUUACGUACUUGUUAUCAUUCUGGAAAAAGUCGUUAUCGACGAUCCUUCACUACUUUGUUUCAGUUGCGAAGGAAGCUAAGUAAACGUAUAUUAAGUUUGUACAGAAGCAUAAUUAUGCCUCUGGUUUGUAUGCAUUUAUACACUUCUCUUGUCAGCUUUGUUUUCUCAAGCCCCCUCAGUGCUUUACAGGGGCGGAUCUAGGGGGAGGGUGCAGGGGGUGCGCACCCCCCCCCUGAGAUGACCUGCGGUUUUCUAAUACAACUGGUAUUCUGCAAAAAAAAAAAAAAACUAUGUGGUUUAUUGGUGUUGAAGUAGAGCAAGAGACGAGUGCACCCCCUCCUAAAAAAAAUCCUGGAUCCGCCCCUGCUUUAAGGUUUUAAUUAUGACUAUUGCCGUGUUAUGACUAUUGUUAGUGUUGCCUUCAGUUUUCACUUCUCAAAUAAAGUUUGAAUAUUAUUAGUAAAAUCCAGCUAGUGGUCUAUUAUCAAUGCUGCGUUCUGAUUGGUUGAGCUAGUACUAGGCUAUAUGUUAUAGCCCACUAGUAGCGAAAAGCGGGGGCUUUUUGGCGGCAAAAAAGGAUUAAAGUCCAGCUUUAACCAGCUAAUUUUUUUUAUUAUCGAUAUUUUUGACAAACUAGUUGGAUUUUACCAAAACAAUUAUUCCUCUCGCCCUCAUGACCUCUGAGUCAAUAGUCCAUUCGGCCUUCGGCCUCAUGGAGCUAUUGACUCAGAGCCCAUUCGGGCUCGAGGAAUAAUUGUUAAUUAUCAUUUCUACCUCUAAACAAAGAUCUUACUGAAAACAGCACGUUCUAAUUAAUAAAAAAUUUUUUCAGUGUCCAUAUCGCGGGUGUCCUUUAAUGAACCAAGUUUACCCACCAUAUACGUUCGGGAGUUUUAAGCACGUUCAUCUUAAAUUUCACGAAAGAACCUUGGCUGAACACCUCCGGCCAGUUUCCUCCAAAGCGUGCCUGAUUGUUGACCCUCCAAGUGUUGUCCAACACAAGAUACUUAACAUUGCCUACUACGUUUUCCGUCCGCUGAGUUUUAUUCUGGCCUUCUUGUCAUUAGUCAACUUGCCUAUUAUUAAAUUAUCAUUGCUGUUGCACGAACCAGAUGUCAGUCUUCAAUAUCUCUCGAUGGUUAUCAGUCUUUUACUUGAAUGAAAACAUACAGUUGGAUGUUAAGUUGAAGAAUAAAUGUUAAAACCAAUUAAAUAACGAAAUUAUGUGAAGAACGACUAAAUAUACUUUUCUUCAAUUUCCUGUUUUUCGGAAGUCCUUUGAGAAUGACAAACCAUUGAACUCUUUGGAGCCAUUAUAACGCUUUAAAAAAUGCGCACGAUGGUUACAGUUGAAAGGAAAGAAAUAUGUCGCCCCAUUGACACGAAACGGAAACUCGGCUUUCUGAAAGCAAUUACGGCGCGUCAACUGUGGUUGUACAAUUUUGUUUUGCUACAAUUGAAAUUGCGAAAGAGAAUGAGAAAAUUUGUAGAGUGGUUACAGUUUGUGUGGGCCUUUUUUUAUGUUAAUCACUCCCAUUGUAUCUCAUUUUUUAUUGUAAUAUCCUUCUUAUUAACUGAGAUCUCUUAAUUUAUCAUGAUAGUCAAGGCCUAUACUUAACUAAAAUCACUUUCAAUUAUUGGAAAGUGACAAUUAACUUUAGGAGAGUCCACAGCCACGGUCCUUAGUAGUGCUGAAACAUUUCUUCCAGGUUUGAUAUUAUUUAUUCUGUCAAGCUUUAAAUGUGACAGUCAAGAUUUAUUAACAUCAACUGAUCAGAAGCACUUUAUGAGAAAACUUGUACCCAAGCUUAAGGUAAAAACCAUCGUCUCUUGCUUUACUUAUCGUCAGUUUUUUCCUCAGUAGUGUUCUUGUCACGGCCAUGCAAAUGAGCAGAGCGUAGAGUAAAGCAAGAGUACUUCUUUUUGUGUUUGCUGCAAUAAGUUUUUAUUUUAUUUCACAUGAUUUACCAAAAUUUACUUUAGUGUUGCCGCAGGUUUCAUCUUCGGUUAAUUAAAUUUUCAGCAUGAGUUUUUGAAGGUAACAUAGUGCAAGACUGUCACUAAAGUGUAUGCUAGUUUCUCUCAGGUAUCAAGCAAAAAGUGUAAAAAAGACUCAGCAUUAAAUUUUGCUUAAACGAAGUGUCGAAUAUUAUCAGUUAUAACUCUAAACAAAGAUCUAGUCUAAGCACUGACGUUUUAAUUCAUAAAAGAAAAUCGUUCAGUAUCGCGCGGGUGUCCUUUAACGAACCAAGGUUACCCAAAAACAAGAGAGAAUGAUCAUACUCUCUUGCCAAAAAUAAACUCGGAAUUAAUGGCAUCUUUUUUUGUUUUAAAUUUCAGGUUUGAACGAUGGCUCCUCACAACUCCAGUCAGUUUCUCUACCAAGAUUGCCUGAUUGCUGACCUUUCAAUCGAUACCCAACUCCAGUUACUGAACAUUAGCAAAUACGUUUUCCGUCCUCUGAAUCUUAUUCUGGCUUUUUCGUCAUUUGUCUUAAAUACGCUUGUUAUCAUAGCUGUUGCACGAACCAAAUCCCUUCAAUAUCCCGCGAUGGUUAUGAUAGGCAGUUUGGCAGUGACUGACACAAUAUUGCCUUUGUAUACCAUGCACAGAUUCGUAGCAUAUUUCACAUACGAACGGCUCACCUGUCGAAACGUGCAGCCUAGGCCUGUUGAAUCUGCUUUCAGUGCUCUUUGUGUCCAAACCACGCUCGGUAACCUGGCAGUUAUCAGUAGAGAUCGCUAUUUGGCCGUGCGAAGUCCUUGGUGGUAUCGCAAUCACAUGACAAAAUCACGUGCUUUUAAGGUAGUAUGCAUACCGUGCUGCAUCAGUGUGGUUGGUGCAGUUGCGGUCUUCUUGUCAGGAACUUUUGGGGGCGUUUACAAACGUUUGGCACAUACUUUAAUGUUAGCUCUUUUCGCUAGUUACUUCAUUAUCAUAAUGUUUCAUUAUCUUCGCAUUUAUUUUCGAAAAACUGUUGAAGUAGGAAAUCCAAACGACGCUCUUUUGAAAAGGGAAAAACGAUUAACUAACACAGUUGCUGGGAUUCUUUUGAUUUUGGUAUUGACCUACUUCCCAGCGCUUCUUGUUCCAUUUGUUUUGUCUGCGAAAGGGCUCUAUAAGAAUUCUCUACCUUUUAGGCCUUUCUACGUUGUUUUCAUCCAAUUAAAUGGAGUUUUAAAUCCUUUGUUAAACCUCGGUCGUUCUAGAAAUAUGCGAAAAGCUAUUAGAGACUUGUUUAAAUGCUCUUCCCACAAGAACAGCCGUCAUCAGCUGUCAACAACUACAACAACAACAACAACAACAACAACUACAACUACAGCAAAAACCAUCACAGGCUGUCUCAUGCAGCAGCGAAACCGCAAUAACAGCCCAAAAAAGGAAAAACAUUACCGAGGCAACAACUGCAACGACAUAUGAGGAUAACAAUAAAAACAGUAGAGAUUUAACUAUCGCACCACCAACCUGAAUGAAAUUUAGAAGAAGACGGCUCUUACAACGGUUAAGAAAGUGACCACAACUUAAAAUUGUUACAACAACAAAUAAUAUCGGAGAUAAGCUAGACCCCGUAAGCUUAAUGCCAGUCAGAGAGCACCCGGAACACUCCGACGAAAAUAUGGAAUUUUGAAUAAAGCGCUGAAAUUAAAUACUUCAUGUACAUGUAAACGUACCUACCAUUUACAGCCACAUUUAUCAAAGCAUUAUUAGAGCAUUUUAGCCGUGUAGCAUUUUCCCGACAUUUUUUUUUAUCUCGGAGAAAACAAACAUUAAAAUCUUUUUAAAGAGAAAAUGACGAUUUAAACUCGAAACUCAAACAAACGAACAAAAAAACAAAAAUUCACCUCAAUACAGCCAUGUAGAGGACCAUUUCGUGCCGUAUCAAAAUUGUUAGCUUUUCAAUAGAAAUUGUUGUCAGUGCACUUAUGUACAUUUUCGUUAGCUUUUAACAACCCUUUUAAAACGCUUAGAACUCAGAUAAAACGAGCCUUCCAAUUGAAUUUUUCGCCAUUUUGUGCUAUUUUUAGUAACAAAAUGGCGGAAAAUUAAACUUUCAGAACGCUAUAUCUUUUGAGUGGAUAGGCAUAUUUCAAAUAUUUUUUCACUUUGGACAUCCUUAUGGUGACUUCUUUCAGAAACCAUUAUUACAUAUCCCAUAAUAUUGAAAACAAAAUUUGGCGGGAACUUUGUGACUUCUUUUCCCGCCAAAAAUGCCAAAAACUGGAAAACAAUUGAAAAAACAGGUUUUUUUUGGAAUGGUGAGUUCUAGAUUGUUGCAAGAUUUCAAGUGAAAUGAGUUAAAACUAAAAAAGAUGAAUGAAGGUGAGCGUUCUUGAUAUCACAAACCACCACCGUGACGAACUUCGGUAACUAAACUGGAAAGUUAUGGAAACGCUACCGCAUCUCGCGAGGAAACUACUCUGUUAAUUGCAGAAACAGUUACACACAAUUAAGGCCGCACAUGUGCUGGAUAAAAGACUUGUUGAAUGUUAAAGGCUGGGGCUUCAUGCACACAAGCGUUUUGCGGCAAGCCUUUCCUGUUGACCAGGAAACGAAUAACUUUGUUAGACAACUGCAUAACCAGGUUUUUAAUCUAUUUUACGUCCUGUUCCGCUUAGAUAUAAUCCUCCCCUUUUCACCAAUCUCAAGCGAGGUUCUUACAGAAAUACUCAAUUUGAAGACAACUGCCCGUGACGGAAUCGACAACUUUUUAAGAAUUCUUGCGGAAAUCUGAUCCUGCUAAAGUCUUCUUUAUUGUCCCACAGAUACAGCGGACAUCAGGUAGGGAACGAGCAUCAGCGAGCAAAAAGGGAACAAAUAGGAGAUUUACUCCCGGAGAGGGAGUAAAUGUUUUUAUGCAUCCGGCUUAGUUAUCCUGGGAGAGUUUAAGUUUAGAUCAUGUGAAUAGUGGUUACAUCCGGGACGUGAUGUUCAGGGUGAUAUAUAAGUUGAAGCAGGCUAGGUUACAAGCCAGUCUUUGUCUUCACACCGCCGUGUGCAAAGGUUUUUUCCCCUCCCACUCCCUCCCUAGUUCUGGAGGAGAGAAGUUGUCAACUUUCUUUUUGUGGGCGGUUUUUGACCUCACCUUUGCUGUAAUUGGAUAAUCAGUUUCUGUCUUGUAUUUUCUAAAAAUCUUGUUAAAGAAUAAAAGGCCACUCAAGUGGCCAAAAUAUGGCAUAUUUUAGUGUUGUGUAGUGAAUCUCAUUACAGCAAACAGAGCUCAGGCACAGCAAUGUACUUGGCCUAACUAUUGUUUAAUGAUUGGGAGAACGAGCAUGGGGCAUAAAUUUUUUUUUACGAUUUUUUGCAUGAACAGAAAGUGUAUUCACAAAAAUUCUUUAUUGCUUCGUAUAAGACACCCUCCUCUGCUCUAUGAGAAUACGUUAGGAAUGAGGAAGAUAAACGUCAGAACGGUCAGAACUGAUAUGGAACUUUGUUUCCGGAAGGCAGCCUCUCCCAAUUUCUGAUGGAAGACCGCUGCGGACGAGGUUGUCGAGUGCGGGGCCAUUUAUGGGCACUUUAUUGAAUCUCUACCUUUCAUUUUAUAAGGUACUUUGUUUUGAUAUAUUCAAUCUCGACAAUAACAAAAUAAUGCACUUUCACUGGUUGUAGAGCAGUUUGACGACCAUGUCCCGGGUUGGUGACCAACCUGAAAAAUAGCAGGAAGGAAGAGAAACCCCUGGUAAAAACUGCACUCAUCUGUCUUUUCUACAAAAAUUUCCAGUGUUAAAGGCUCAUAGACGACUGCCGCAGCUACCUUGGGUUUCUGACAAAAACGUGCUAAAAUCAUUUAAUGGCUCGGCCUUAAAUUCAUUUCUAAUUUUUGACUUCUUCAGAGCAAUUACACUUGAACAGAAUGAGGAAGUCAGUCAAGUGCGUGUACAAUAAAUAUGCACCGACAAUUGUUCUAGUGAUAACUGUUAAGAGAAACGCUUUUUUUAGUCUUUCAGAACAAGAUCUUCUUCCUAUUUCUCCGCAAGUCAAGAACAAGCGCAUAAAUUGGCACGAAACAAAAAAUCAAUUUAGGAUCAACUAUAGAACAGAGAAAAAGAGCCAGAAAAUUGUAAAAGCAUGUCGACGAUGCUUGUGAACAAAUUUCUUACUGCAAAAUUGGGAAGAGAAAAAGGAAAAUUUGUAAAGCACUUUCCUCGUGUUUACAGAAUGUAUUUUUUUUUUUAUCUUAACCGCUGACAUUAUUUUCCAUUAAAAUUAUUAACAAAGCUCUCUUGAUGCAUUGGUCGAGGACUGCUUAACUAAAAUCACUUUCAACAUUGUUGCUUACUCUUAAUGCUUGAGAUAAGUUUAAAGGAUAAAGGAGAUUGACAACGCUCUGUAGUGAUGAAAACAGUCCGAUUCUUGGUUUUAUAUUGCUUAUUUUCUCUACCUUAAAAAGGCGUGGCGAAGACAGCCACUGACAAUUCACGAUCACCAGAAACGAAGAACUUUAUGAGCAACAGAAUCAAGGUAAAAACCAUGGACUCGCUGCGGUAACAUUUUACUUUUUUUUGUUUAUUUCUUUCCUUAACGUAAUUUUUUUGUGUUGAAUCCGGUGAGAUAAAGCUUGCUAACGAAAUUUUUUAAAGAAAUAUAUAUUGCGAGACCGUCAGUCAGAAAUAUUUCAGUCUACUAGUAACUGUAUUCGAGUUUCUCACAAUUCUUGAAAGCAGGAUGUUCCAGGUCAUAACCGCAUUCAAUGAACCUAACUGGCCCACCAUAUGUACUCGGAAGUUGGAUAAUUACGUUUUUUUUUAUUUUCAUUAGUUUAGGAUAGAACCACGGCUCACCUGAUUAUAGCAGUACAAAUUUCUUAAAAACAGACAUGAAAGACCCCAAAUUUACAGGAACGGAGAUAGGAGUAAGUACUGUAUCAGAUUUACCUCUUAAUAAAAUUUUCUGAAAAGUACAUGAAAUAUGAAUACCAACAGAUUUGAGUUCAGUCAGCAAUUUGUUCGAUUAUCUAACAAAAUCGAACGGUUCAGUUCGAUUUUAUUCGAUUUGCGAAACCAAUCAAAGUCAAUCGGCCAAAUGAAAAGCCGAAGACUGUUGAAAAUCAGGUCAUCAUAGCCUCGACCUCGUCUUAGAAACAGGGGCAACCAACGAGAAUAUAGUUCAAAACCACUAAAACAUAGCAUUGUUAAACGUAUUUUGGUAUUUCAACGGUAGAUAUAGGCAUAUUUUUAUCCCCUAAAAAUUUUUCAUCUGUUCGGAUUUCCUAGCUGAAAGUCUAGUGAUCAAAACUUACCUUUUCGAAAAUUUCAGCCAGAAAAAAGGCUCCCGAAAAUUCUAGGUGACCUUUUUAGGGUAAAAAUCCGUUAAAAAUAGGCAAUUACACCAUAUUUUAGAUGUUCGAAAAUCCUAGGAGAAGCAGGCAAGCAAGAAAUUUUGCAACAAAUUUUCCGAAAAUUCUAGAUCUCAAAUCGUCUUCCGAACAGAUAUUUUUCCGAAAAUUGUCGUUAGGUGCCCCUGUUAGAAAGACUAAUUAUUACUUGACUGGACCAUGAACAAAUUCAUGUUUGGGUCUACAGUGAAAAUAAUCUAAAAAUAUACAAAAUUCUCAAGGUGAAAUAAAAAAAAGCAGUUUUUUCCUACAAACAUUAUGCGUGUAAAAGGCGAAAAGGUGAUUGCCGUGUCAAAAAAAAAAAAAAAAAAAAAAAGAAUGAAAGAAAGAAAAAGAAACCUGAGUGCGUCGGAAAAAUCUGUUAAUUAAUUGAUCGUAAAUUCUAUAAUUUUAAUCUAAAUCUAAAUGGGUAAUUAAUGUUCAUUGGUAAUUCUGAUUUUUAAUAAGGUCAAUUAAACGCGUUUUCCUUUGCUUUAUUUCUGCUUUGCGGCAGCACUUGGAAAACAAUAACAAUUCCAUUAAAUUCUUGGAAGCAAUUACGUCUACUCGUAAAUGAAAUGCGGAAGACAGCCAAGUCAUUCUUGGCAAAAAAUGUAAAUCUUUGUGCUAAUAAAUGUGUCUUAAGAAAAAGCAUCCCCAACGCUUUCUGCAUGCAGAAAACCGCAAAGAAUAUUCCCUUUGCACCCAAAGAAAAAUUGAUUAUUUUAUGAUGAAAUACUGGAUAGAGAGAGAGCUGAGAUUUUAAAGUGAAAGCAUCUGGGACACAUGUUAAAGAAUUUCUUGCUGCGCAAUAAAUGACGAAGAAAAUAGUGAAAACUGUUUGCAGAAUAUGUCGGCAGGUGUUUCACUAUUAACCAUUCCCAUUAUUAUCCAUUCAAAAUACCUUCCAAUUAACCAAUUUCUUUUAAUGGAUCAGUCCAGCAAUACUCAACUAAAAACAAUUUCAAUAUUGUUGCUAACUCUCCAUGUUUGCUCUGUACAAGAAUAUAUAAGAGACAUCGAGAAUACUUAGUGUCAGUUAAUAUCAGUCUGAUAUCAAUUACUUGAGGGAAAGACAUAAUACGUGUCACUGAACACUAACUGAAGAACUGUAUAAGGAAACAUAUCCCGAGUUAAGGUAAGACCCUGAUGUCCUUUUUAAUGAUUUGCUUUAUUCUUUUUUGGAUCUACGGCAAAUUUACAAAAAAUGAUAUUAUUUUUAACCGAUGUGCUAAAGAAGACUGAGAGAGGGGGGGGAGAGAGAGAAGUAAGGAUGUCAUGAAAAUCUACUUUUUGCUGGUACGGCGAAAAAUGUCGCCUUCACUCAAAUUCUUAAUUUUUGAAGUAAUAUCUAGUUAGAGACCAUCAGUAAAUAGUGCUAACUAUUUGUGCAUUUCUUAAAAAUUUAUCGGAAAAAAUAUUAAUAUUGGUUACCAGUAAUUGAUCCUAGGACAAGGACCAAUGAAAACAGGACUUUCUAAUAAUACCCAUUUUUUCCCGCGCGGAAUCAAAGUACCACGUUCUUCUUCAGUUUCCUCCUGUCUUUCCUUUUUUUAAAUUAAUGAUAAAAUUACGGCUGCCCAAAACUCCAGCCAGUUUCCCUACAAAGCGUGAUACUCGACGCCGCAUACAAACAUUGGCAACUACGUUUUCUGUCCUCUGCCGGUUUUGUUCUUCUUUUUUUUUUAUUUGUCAGUUUUACGCUAAUUGUUGUCAUUGCUGUGUCAAUGAAUGCCCCAUUCAACGCACCCAUGUCAUUUAUCGAAUAGCCCUGAAUUGAAGUCCCACGUUCUUUUUUUCAAAUUUCAGGAUAGAGUCAUAGAGGCGCAGAACUCCAGUCAGCAUCCCUACGAGGCGUGCCUUAUUGCUGACCUUUCAAGUGAUGUUCAACACCAGAUACUUAACAUUGGCAACUACGUUUUCCGUCCCCUGAGUUUCAUUCUGGCUUUUUUGACAUUUGUCUUUAAUACGCUUGUUAUCAUAGCUGUGGCACGAACCAAAUCCCUUUAG